AUGGAAAUGGAAAAUAGUGAACACGCAAAUAUCACCACGGGGCCCUUAUCACGCUUAGAGGCGCGUGCCCUUAUGUCACGCUUUGAUUCGUAUUCACGUGAGGAACAGAAGGCUUUUAUCAAUGGUUUUUUGGGAAUGAUUUAUGAUAAUUAUGAUACGACACGACGUAUUCAAGGAACUGUUGAUGGCAUCAAUCGUAUUGUUAUCACAAUCCUUAUCAUUUUACUUCUCUGUACCACUGCUGCUUUAUUGUCUGCCUGUGUGAUUGGAUGUCGAAGUUCUACAGAAUGUUUCUUUAAAUUGUUGCAAGGAAAGGAAAAUCUGCAGAUCUCAGAAGCAGCAAUUCAAACUGUAGCAGGAAAAAGAGUUAAAAAGAGAAACAAUUCUUCUUCUGAAGUUCUCUGCAAUGAUGCUGUGCAGAGACUUCAGUUAUUGAUUGCCGAUAUGGGAUUUGAAAUGCAUCCUAUCAUGAGUGAGCAGAAUGACUGUUCCGGCGAUGAAUUACAACUGAAGAAAAAAAACUAUUUUGGACGACUUUCUGAAAUGUUCAUCGAAGAGCGAUUGCUCAAGAAACCAGGUGAUUAUGUGAUUUCUCGCACACAUGAUGAUAUUUUCCGAUUCUCAGUUAUGUCUGAAAGGCAUGAAAAAUGUCAUUUAUUGAUUCUGAAAUUUUGUCGAACUUAUACUUUCGAAAAUUCCAUUUAUCCGUUGGCUGUUUCUAUAGCCAGAUUAAUUCAGAAAUGCAUUCGGAGUCCUAUGAAUGUAUUAUCGGCAAUACUGAGAACAAACGUGAUAUUACGCCAUUUUAUCAAUUCAAAUGUGGAAGAUGAAGAUGAUUAUAGCUUCUCAGGAUUAUUCCUGAGAGAGAAUGAUAUCAUCAAAACAGAGAGUCUCAUCUCGAAAGGGACAAUUGCUGAUUGUUUUCUUGGUAGUUUGCGCACAUUAAACAAAUGUGAACGAGUUGUAAUUAAAGUAAUGCACAAAUAUGAUCACAAUGAACUCAAUAAUAUCUGUCGGGAAUUACAUAUUUCGAAUUUAUUGCGCCAAUUCGUGUCCACUGAUUCGGUGAUAGCAGUGCAAUCCGUACGGGUUUUUCAAUCACCGUAUAUGAUUAUUUAUCCUUUUAUGAACUAUGGCUCCUAUCCGGAUUUUGCGCAACGGAUGGGGUCAAAACUUACUUUUAUGGAUAAAUUGAAAAUUGCACAGACAAUAGCGCAAGCUUUAUCCGAUAUGCACUUUCUCGGAUUGCUGCAUUGCGAUAUUGGAGCUAGAAAUAUAUUUGUAAGGAAAAUAAUGAUUAGUAAUAGUUCGAAGAUUAUCAGUUAUCAUUCCCAUUAUGGUUACAAAUACUACUUGGGUGAUUAUCGUGAGUCCCAUAUUGGAAAGACUAAAAAAGUGAAUCCCAAAGAACCGAUAAAUAUUCGUUGGCUUGCACCAGAAGUAUUCCAAACGAAACAACUAACAGAAGCUACCGAUGUUUUUGCAUUUGGUAUUACACUUUACGAAAUUUUCACCGGAAAUCUACCGUACUUUUCGAUGAAUUCUGAUGAAAUUCGAACUAAAUUGAUAGCUGGAUAUAAAAUACGACCUAAAACGCAUAAUACCGAGUUACCACGGAAGGUUAUAAAGUUAAUGAGACGUUGCUGGCACACAAAGGUCAAUGAGCGACCAACAAUGGACGGUGUUUGGCUACAAUUAAAAGCAAUUUGGAAUAGUGUGAUUGCUGAACAAAAAUGCUCUCAAUGUAAUUUUCAAGAAGAAAGUUGA